GAAAAGGAGAGUGGAGGAAGGUGACAGGCUGAGAGUGGGCAUCUGGGAGCCUCAGCAAAGGAACCAGCGGCUGUGUGUGCACGCACAGGUGCCACAGGCCUGGCGCCUAGAGCUCUGUCUUUGCAGCCUCCCAGCUCAGCACAAGCGGCAGCUUGCUGAAACUGCAGCCUCGGCAGAGCGUGGGUAUUCCCAGCCACCUCCACCCGAGGAAGAGGCAAAGGAAAGGGCGCGAAGGGGGAAGCAUGGCGUGGCAGGGGUUUGGGGCAAGACCCACAGCCUCAUCUCGGAGCUCCUCUAGUGAGAACCUGUACUCAGCGUCUGUGCUCCUCCCUUCUCUUCCCAACUCUCGGUGAUCAUCUCCAUCUCCCCUCGCGCAUCCCUUCCCCCCCUCCUGCCUUUCUUUGCUCUCCCUCCUUGCCGCGUGCCUGCUCCCCUCCCCCUCGCCUGGCUGCUCUGGGCAGCAGCAGCCUCAGCAGCCCCGGAGAUGGGCAGAGAGCGCGCGGGGCGCUGCAGCUCUGGAGCAGCGGCUCUCCCCGCCCCCGGUGCCCUGCGCCCCUGCUGCCGCUCUCGCCGCCUGGCUGUCCCCCGACUCCAGCUCUGCUUCUAGGACAGCGCCGCCACCGCCACAAGCCCUGGUCCCGCCUGCGCUGCGCUACCCUCACGCGCCCUGGAUGGCGCUUUCCCUGGUUGGGAUGGAAUUGAUUUAGAAUGUGACAACUGAAGCAUCUGAUAACACAGUGGAGUAGUUCAACCUCCGUCUCUGCUUCCCAUGCUGGUCUCUAUAGUGUGAAAAAAAAGUAUGACCUCAACAUCCAAAGGCAUUCUCCGUCCAUUUCUAAUCGUCUGCAUUAUCCUGGCCUGCUUCAUGGCGUGUCUGCUCAUUUACAUCAAACCCACCAACAGCUGGGUCUUCAGUCCAAUGGAGUCUGCCAGUUCUGUGCUGAAAAUGAAAAAUUUCUUCUCCUCAAAAACUGAUUAUUUUAAUGAAACCACUAUUCUGGUGUGGGUGUGGCCAUUUGGGCAGACCUUUGACCUUACAUCCUGCCAAGCGAUGUUCAACAUCCAAGGGUGCCAUCUUACAACAGACCGCUCACUGUACAACAAAUCCCACGCGGUCCUGAUACACCACAGAGACAUCAGCUGGGAUCUGACUAAUUUACCUCAGCAGGCUAGGCCACCCUUUCAGAAAUGGAUUUGGAUGAACUUAGAGUCUCCCACUCAUACUCCUCAAAAGAGUGGCAUCGAACACUUGUUCAACCUGACACUAACUUAUCGCCGUGAUUCAGAUAUUCAAGUGCCUUACGGCUUCUUGACGGUGAGCACAAGCCCCUUUGUGUUCGAAGUGCCAAGCAAGGAGAAGUUGGUGUGCUGGGUUGUGAGUAACUGGAACCCUGAGCAUGCCAGGGUCAAGUAUUAUAACGAGCUCAGCAAGAGUAUUGAAAUCCACACCUAUGGGCAAGCAUUUGGAGAAUACGUGAACGAUAAAAACCUGAUUCCCACCAUAUCUACUUGCAAAUUUUAUCUUUCUUUUGAAAACUCAAUUCACAAAGAUUACAUCACAGAAAAGCUCUAUAAUGCAUUUUUAGCUGGCUCAGUACCUGUUGUCCUGGGACCGUCUAGGGAAAACUAUGAGAAUUAUAUUCCAGCUGAUUCAUUCAUUCAUGUGGAAGAUUAUAACUCUCCCAGUGAGUUGGCAAAGUAUCUGAAGGAAGUUGACAAAAACAAUAAGUUGUACCUUAGUUACUUUAACUGGAGGAAGGAUUUCACAGUAAACCUCCCACGAUUUUGGGAGUCACAUGCAUGCCUGGCUUGUGAUCAUGUAAAAAGGCAUCAAGAGUAUAAGUCUGUUGGUAAUUUAGAGAAAUGGUUUUGGAAUUAAAGUUUCCAUCAUUUUCACAUUUAAUGAAUUAUAAUAAUGUAACAUCAUUCAAGUUGUGAGGAUAAGAAGAGAAACAAUUUGCUUUGUGUCACAGUUUAUUUUUAUCACCCUCUCUUGAACAACAUGUAUAUUUUGAUGGGAAUUUUUAAGAGCUCGAAAUUAGCAAUCACUCCAUUUGGUUUUAAAUUAUCCUGUAUAUAUGUGAUAAUGAACACUGAAAAUAAUUUAUUCUUCAUUCUCAUUUGUAAACAUUCUUUUUCACAUUUUAUAGGUGCCUGUAAAGUAAAUUUAUGAUUCAAUUGUUUCUGCAUCAAUAAGAUCUUUAAACUGUUUGGGAAAUGGAAAUGUAUAUCCUAAAAUAUGAAAGAUUUUUACCAAGUAUUAUAAUGUCUAGAUUCUAGCUUGAACAAUGUUAACAAAGAAGGAUCAGAGUAUCACUUCAUUCUUAACCUCAUUGACUUAACUGAUGUAGUUUUUACCUGUUUACCAUAUUUGUGAAGGCCGACUUACUCAUGUAGUAAAUAAGAAAGAUAUGAAGCAGAAAUGUUAUUAGACUUCACACUCAUUUUCAUUAAGUUGUUUUGCAAAUGCAGACUCUCAACAUUUUAAGUUAAGGUAUGCAAGAAUUUUGGGGCAUACAAUUUUUGUGAUAUUUUUAAUGCCUAAUAACAGCUAAGAGAAGCUUUGAUUGCCCCCUUUCAAGUCCUGAGCAUAGUCAUUGUUGUAAAAAUAAACAAUUUCCUCCUAUAACAAGGAAAAUAAUAUCUGCAAAUAAAAAUAGAUUAUAUAAAUGGUAACAUUUACACAAUUUUAAUUACUUCUCCAUUUGAAUAUUUUCCCAAGCAUAUUUAAAAGUUUUAUUUUUCCAUAUUUGGUAAUGAAUACAUAUAAAACUUGAAAGGUCUAUCCUUAUUUUAAAAAAAACUAAACAAAAUUAUUACCAAUGGGUCUAAUAUAUCAUUAAAUAUAAUAAAGUAUGAACUUUCAAGGGACAGACAGUACUGACACAGAGUAUGAUUUCAAUAUGUAUUUGUUAAAUAAAUUAAUUAACAGCAUUGAAAAGUCAUGGGUUAUUUUUGUUUGUUUCAAUAAAGGAACAGAUCUAGCCUAUGACUAUUAAUUGAAAAUGAUCUUUUUUAUUCCAUUUUAAAAAUUAUUCCUACAUAGCAUAUGUUGUUAUGAUAUUCAGGGCUUUGCAAAACCAAUAUAAACUUAGUAUUGCACUGAAUUUUGGGGCAUGUUAUUCAUGAACUUUCAGCUGCCUGCAGAAAUUCUCUUCUGUAAGUUUAGUGGAGGUAGAUGGACAUAUGCAGAUGCAGUGGAUUAGAGGGAAAAAAAAAACAGAUACUGAGACUCUUACAGAAAAUUAUUCUCUAAAGGAUUCCUGAUGCUUGUGUUCUACUCUGGUCAAAAUCUACAGAAAAUGUAGUGUUCUGAUGACAUCCAAUUGGAUCUUUUGUGGCUCAUUUUAAUUUUCUUAUUACCUGUUACAAUCAACAGAAUUUACACUCACUCUCUACAUAGAUUAUUGGGGAAGAUAAAUUUCAGUUCAGUAAGCAAGAACUGUGUGUCCUGUGAAUGAAUGAGCUUCUCUGGCAAGGGAAGUAUUUGAGCAAAGAAAGACUUCAGAAUUAAAUAGAGACAUUGAUCCUGCGUUCAUUUUUUUUUUAGACAUAAUUACACAGGUAAUGUUGUCAGCCCCAAACCAACACAGAAAUAAAAUAAAAUUAAAUCAUGUUUUCAUUGCCAUAAAGGGACUGUGACACUGAGCUUUCUAUAAGUUCUAUCUUGUACAACUCUCAAUGGAGAUUGUAUGAGUCAUUGUUCAUUUAAUGAAAAGGAAAAAAAAACUACUAGUAAUUUUAUCCAGUUGUUUAGCUACUCAACAUGUGUUGGAAUUGCAAGUUUUUCUACUCAUUUGACCCACCAUAGAUUUUAUUUCUUCUGUCCACACAUUGUUUCAUAUAUAAAGAAAGGGUCUGUAUACAUGGAUAGUGCCUAAAGGCUCUAUCAUAUAUUUAUUUGUUUAAAAGUCAAUUUCAUAUAUGUACAUUUAUUCAUUAUGUUUUUGAUCCAUAAAAUGUAGGUACCUAAAUAUGCAAAGAGAAGCUUAGAAAGUGUUUUCUCUGAAAGCUGGAAAGCAUUCAGUAUUGUUUCCACCCACCAUUGCUAAACUGAAUGCUAAGAGCCUUGAAGGCAGUUGUCUCUUCUGUUGACAAUGAAUCUGAGCUCAUUCUUGAACUGAAACUACAACUAAAUGCCAGUAAUAUAAGCCAAGGCAAGGCAACAAGUAUUCCACUAGUGCAUCUGUACAUUGAAAGCCUAAUACCAAGCCAUGGAAAUGAGUGUAUGAACUUCAAGUGAACAGUGAAUGGGCCAGCUAUUUAACCAGAAGAAAUGACAGCAAUAUUCGUAAGUUAAGCUCUUCUGAUCUAUGAAUUAAUUAGAUAUAAAGACAUUGUUUACUCCUGACAUAUGAUGAAAGACAGAGAUGUGAACAUGGUGAUAAUAGAGAUUAGAAUUUAAGGGUCCUAUGGUUAUUAAUCUCAUGUUUGGCUCCACCUCAUCUACACCUUAUUGUUCAAAUAUGUCCCAAUUCCUAUAAUAUGAAUAUAACAUUGUCACAUAGGAUGAUAUAUUCUGGGACUUCAACUUUUAAAUAUAUAGUAAAAAAAAAACCUUAAGUGUUGACAUUCUUUCUGAUUUAAUGUUUCUCCAGUUGAACUUUAGCAGAAAGAAUGAGCUUUUCUAUGUGUAAGUGAGAGAUAACCAUUGAAAAGAUAUGCCAGUGACCACUUUUUUAAUAAAUCCUGUGACUUACAGUUUUUUUAAGGAUAUCUACAUGAAAGAUAGAUUGAGUCAACCAAUUUGGCUUGCUGUUGGUUAUAAUAAAGAUAGAUAAUAUGCCUGGUAAUAAACAAUGGCUCGAAAAAGACGAUGAACAAAUUUACAUUCCAAGUGCAGAAAGUCAUUACAACCAGUGUUCUGAAUAUUUAAUCAUUAAUUAUUGCAGACCUUAUUAGUAAGAAUAUGUAAAUAAUUGUUUUAAGCCUUACUGAUGAGAACAUGUACUGAAUUAUCCAUAUCCAUAUUUAAAGAAGGAAAACAUGACAGCCAUAUCUUGUAGGACAGCUAUGACUUGAUAUAAAGUAGAAACUAUAAAAAAAAAUCUUAGUAGCAAAGUAGCAACAGCUUACAAGGUUCAUACUUACUGUGAAAAGCAUAGCCCUGGAAUAUGUGGAGCUUAGACCAAAAACCUUGAGGUAUAAAAUAAUAGAUUACUUAAGGAAUUAUUUGCUGAGCCUUUAAAUUCUUUCUUCUAAUGAGAGAUUAAAUAAGAGAGGAACAAAAAAAAGCAGAAAAUAAAUUACUGAGAUUUUUUUCACUUGUCUAUUUUCAGACUAGAUUCCAUGGCUGUUACUCACCCAGAAAGUGUUUGAUGUGAAUUAAUGUUUCAUAAAGUUUAGUUCCCCAUGUUUACUUUGUGUUUGAUCAUGUCUGCCGCCUCCUAAACUCUAAUAUCAAGGGAAGGGGAUGUUAAAAUUUGCAAUCAAGCUACUGAAUACAAUAGACUUUAGAAGCUAAAGGAUAAGUAGUUCCUGAUCAAGGAGGGGUUAUUAACACAUGCCUAAUAAAUAAUUACAUUAAUAAAAUUAGUGGGCAUGAAAAAUACUUUUAAUGUCAAAAUACCAGCUUCUUCCGGCUAAAUGGAGAUAAUUUUUAUUUUAACUUUACUGUUCCCCUUGCUCCCUGGAUAGAGAAAACAGACAGUAUAAGUUCUUAUCAUGCUUUAAGAACCCAAAAGAGAGCCUGGAAAGAUGGCUCAGAGGUUCAAUUCCCAGCAACCUUCUGGGUGUCUCAAAGCAUCUAUAAUAGGAUCUGAUGACCUCUUCUGACAUGCAGGUAUACAUGCAGAGCACACAUACAUACAUACUCAUACAAGUAUAUAAAAUUUUUAAAAAAGAACCCAAAAGAAAUAGAAUGUUAAGAAAAAUUAAGCUAGAUUUGGAAAUUGUUGAUAUUCUACUCUUCAGCUGUUUCUAGUAGAAAAGAAAUUAUUAUGUAAAGAGGAUACAAAAUGAAGCACCACAAUAAGCAAAUAUAUAUUAUCGAACUGUGAGGCGAGAAAACAGUUAUACUCUUCAUCCUUUGCUACUUGCACUUGUUGCAUUUUGAAAAUAUUGCCAACAUCAGUCAGUCAGGUGAUUUCUGAUUGUGGCCAUCUCUCCUCCAGAGAUUUUAUGGUAUUUUAAAAAUGAGUAAACUCUGCUACUAUCCAAAGUGUGAUCUCUCUUUGUAAUUCAUAUUCAACCAUCCAUAUUCAUAAACAGUUAAUAGAGUCUAAAUGGGAGACACACUAUUAAACUAGAAAUAUAAGUAAUUCUACCCUAGGCUAUCAUUGCAACAAAUUGUAGCAUUGAGAAAGUAACUUAACCUCUAUGGAUGACUAUGUCUGUAAGGAUUCCCUCAGCACCACUGCUCUUUAAUAUAAGGCCUAAAUUGAUAUGUGCAUAAAUUUGAAUUUCAAAUUUCCUUGACUAUCUAGAAAUAUUUUUGAAAGUUAAUACUCUACAUAGAAUUUCUUUUUAUUUCUCUACAAAAAUAUAUAAAUAUUUAAAGCAUGAAACUGGUUAGUCUAAUAAUGAAAGGAACAUAAUCUUGCUUCUUUACUGAAGCUCACAAUGUAGCAAGUGCUCAAUUAACUAAUCUUUCUCCUUUAUAUUCUUCUUCUUAGGUCCUUUGUAACACACUUUUUUGAGAACUUGAUUUCCUGUAGAAAAUCAACCAUAUACUGAACCCUGUUCUAAAACAUUUCAGAUUUUUCUGUACUAUUUAGAAAUUUUAUACUUUUAACACAUGACUAACUAAUGUUCAUUCAUUUAACAUACUUUGAAUGUAUUUUACUUUAAAAUGAAAUUCCCUACCAAUAAUUUUUAAAACAUUACACAAAAGCAUUGUUCCCAAGCAAUGUGAUCUAGAGUUUGUAAGAGAAUUUACUCAUAACUGACAACUGAUCCCUGUUCCAUGCAAGUGGAACCACUCCAACAAAGAAUCAAAAAGAAGGAAUAAGGAAGAAGCCAUGCUAUUAGUACAAAAUUAUCCUGUGCCUGCCAGGGGUUCUCAGACUCACAUCUGCCUUGGGGACUCCCUAUAUCAAUGAUAUAAGAAUCAUUUACAUGAUUUGAAAUAUCGUUAUGAUAUAUGACAUUGUUGCCCUAGGUCCACAAUUUUAACAACUCCCUAGACAAUUCUGACAUGUUGCUAGUUUUGGUAGUCUCUGUCCUGCUUAUUAAAUAGAAAUCAUUCUAUAUUGGAACAAUACAGACAUAAGAUACUGCCAUUUUUAGCUAACUUGGAAUCUUCUUAGAUAUAUUGUUAGGUAUUAUUGUAUUUCAUAACUCAAGAUUUUCCACAUGGUUGAUUAUGUCUUGCACAGUUGUACUGUUCUUCAGCUAACAUUAUGAUUUAGGACAAACUAUUUACCAUUUCUAGCUGUUUACCUGGAGAAUUUUUCUUUUACUCUUUCCCUUAGUUUUUAAAUGCUUUUUUUUAUUUUUCAGAAUAAAAACAAGGGUAGACAGUCAUAAGGAUCUCUUGCAGCCGUCAAACCAUUCAACAUGCUUGACCCAUUGCUUUUCUGGGUCUCAGAAGCCUGUGUGAUAGCUAGGAUAUGGCAACAAGUUAUAACACUGUAGAUUGUCCACAAUGAUGAAUUCAAAAUUAAAUGUGAGCUAUGCUAUUCACUAGCUGUGCUUGAGCUGUGCUUGAGCAUCUCUGUUAGUAUCAGGUUCUGUGUAUGUAUAAUAGGGGUAGCCUAUUUUACAAACAAAUGAAUGCACCCCUAAAAUAAUAGACCAUGAUACAUACAUAUAUUUAUGUGUAUGUGUGUGAGUGUUCCACCACUAAGGUACACUCUCAGUUAUAAAAGAAAAUAAGAGAAAUUUAGAACAUAUCCAAAUUUCAGCUCUAACAUCUUUUGGUGUUUAACUGGAAGCUCACAAAAAUUGAUGAAAAUUUAAACGAUCAAAGGGCAAAUACUGAAUAGAAGGGAUAUGCACAAACACAGUGUGGAAACAUGCAGUAACAUCUACUGGAAUUAGAAAGUACUGGGAGGGGUUCUGGGUUGUGGCAGUGGUGGAUAGACAGCUUGCCUCACUAAGCACAUAUAACAUCUCCUAAAAUAAGCAGGCCUUCUUUUUUUCACUGUUAUGAUAAAUCUGUAAAUUAAUAUUAAUUUAGCAUGUUAGCAGUCCAUACAGCUAAAGUCCAAGGAUAGAAUAGCAGAUACAUUCUCAGAGAUCAUUUUCUGGUGAGGAAAUUUAGAAAUAUCCAACAACCUGACUGAAUACUUCACAUCAACUGCUGGCUUAGGCACAGAACCAGCUAAGGGUAAUUUACAAGAGAACCCCACCUCCCUUUACCUUUCCUAAAGAUUACAGAAAAUGAAAGAGUCAAAAUGUUAAGAUAUAAACUCAUUAAACAGAAAUUAAUUUGUUCAGUGAUGCAGAAAUGAAAUAAUUUAGCCAGGCUGUGAUUAAGACUCUGCUAACUGCAUGAUAAAUGGGGCUUUGACACGAACAAUCUCAGCUGUGUGUGUGUAUGUGUGUGUAUAUAUAUAUAUAUAUAUAUAUAUAUAUAUAUAUAUAUAUAUAUAUAUAUAUAAUUUUUAAGUUCAAUGGCCCAAAAAGAUAGAUUUAAGGAAUAUUUUCACAUGUAAGAAAAGAGUGAUAUUUAAGAUAAUAUAUUAAUUUUUUUAAAUUCUGUUUCUUUAAAAGAUAUUAGAAAUGUUAUAUCUUAUUAGAAAACCUCAAAAAUUGAAUAUUUACUGAAUUCUCAGGCAACUGAUUAUUUUUGAAUUAAUUGAAUAUGUAAUGGAGAUCAAAUAAGAGGCUAGAGUUUUAACUGUGAAAACAAACAGUGAAAAAAAGUGUUGCAGGUGAUUUCUAUAGAAUCUAAAAUUGGAGAAGCAUGUUAACUUUUUUACUCAUGCCUGAAUGCCAUUUUGAUUAAUGAGGAUGUAGCAGCUAGAUAAUCAGGCUUGGCAAAAAUGGUUCACAAAGACUCAAUUAACGUCCAAGACCCAAGACUCCUUAUUCUGUAAGAAAUACAUGCACGUUAAAAUGUAUCCCCUGUCUCAAACUAGCCUCAUUAGCUCCCUUCAGCCCAUAGUUGAGACAACCCUUGAGAUGACAUCCUUGUCAAUGUAAGAUCACCAAAUGAGUGCUCAUGUGGGUAAGGAUAUUAUGUAUCUCCAUGGACUAUGUUGAGACCAGAGUCCAGACUACUUAAUUGUCUACAGAAAACUGGAAGCCAUCUAUCCAUAAGAAAACAUAUGAUUUAUCACAGAUUCUAAUGCAUUGUUUUAAAAAAAUUAAUCAAGGGACAAUAUUAUGUUUUUCUUCCUUUUCUUUUUCUGUGUCUUAAAAUCAUGUGGAUAAUAGAGUGUGACAAUAUAAAAAAAAUGUUUUAUAGAGUUCCUAAGAAUCAAAGGAGGUAUGGGGGGAGGUAAAAGGCAACAUACCCCCUUUUAUAAAUACACUGACCAUACUUUUAAAAUUCAGUUAUCUUUUCAGUAGUAAUGUGGUUUAUUCCCUGUCUGUACCAGCAUGGGAUGAAGAAGUGCUUUUAAAAAACAAGAUAAAGGGAUAACAAGUCUAAAUUCAGACCCAGGUUUACAUCAUGCAGAAAGAAGAAAUCAUCAAGAAGAAACAAGAAAAUGUGAAGUAAAUUCAUGAUCAAGUCCAUUUUAGCUUUUAGCACCUAUGGUGUAAUUUGCUAGCAUUUCUGAGCCACAGAUUUCUCUUCUGUUAUCCAAAUGUGACAGACUGUCAUUAGAUUCACCUAAGAAACUCAUAAAUAUGGAAAUUGAUCAGAAAUAUGGGCUAUCAUAUACUCUAGACUUUUCCUCCAUGCUUUUUGCCAGGUGGCUAUGUUCUAUGACUGGUAAGGGGUUGGACCCUUCCAUAUAAAGCUUGGAAUAAAGUGCUGCUAAAGAAGAAAGCUAUAGUGACGAUCCACAAAGGAAGAACACAGAAUGUGCCUAUCACCUUGAUUCUGUUCAAUGUUGCCAUAUAGACCAUAGCCAACACUUGAGUAGUUCACGUAAUUUUCAUAAAGGGACUUAUACUCAAGGAAUGGAGGGCAAAGCAAUCACACUAAAACAAAAUGUGCCAAUUCUUCCAAUAUGUAAAUUUUAAGAAUCAGUAAUGAAUAAACUACUUUGAAAGCAAUUGUAUGUUUUAUUAUUGUAAUGUAAUUUGCACUAUGAUAUUGUCAUGUUCAAGCAAAUUUAAAAUACUCUGAUAUCUAAUGCCAAAUGUACAGUUCAUAAGUUCAUGUUAUUUCUUAUAAGAAUUACAUUGCAUUGUGCCAGUUGAUUAAUGCUAUUAACUUGCCCUGGGUGUGUUAUGAUGCAGAUCCAACAGGGUUGUUGUAAGCACACUAAUUAGUCAUCUAGGGUUUUAUAGAUAAAAUCACACAUUGAUCAGAAAUCACUUUUCUACUUAUUUUUUUGUAGAGUAUUUUUUCACACCUGAGAAAACAUGAUUAUUUUAUAUCAAACAUCAGUUUUUCUUUAAAAUCUUAUUUUAGUAGCCAAUGCAUGUUUGAAAUAAGAUGUUAAAUAUUAUAUGAUAAUAUUAAGGUUGUGUUUGUAAGUGAAAAUAUGCAUGCUGUAAUGAAUCAUGCAGGUUUGAGGGUGCGUUUUUCCACUGCCAUCUUCCACAAGAGCUUUGUCUUAAUCUGUGCAUGAUUUACAUCCUUUCAAGAGUCCUCUUUCAGUAUUUAUGAAGUGAUAUGUGAGUCUUAGUGCUGAUGAGCCCCUGAGACAAGGUGCAAUACUGUUCUGUUUUAGUUUUUCUUCUAAUUUGCAUUAUAGUGUUGUAAAUUUUCCCAGAAAACUUUUUCUUGGAGUUGUUGGCAAUUAGCUACAAUAAAUAAAACAAUUUCUUGGUAAAUCUUACCACUGACUGCAUAGCAACUUAAUGUGUCAGAGCAUGAAGAUGUGAAAAAGUCAUUUUUACAAGUUCCAUUAUAUGAAUACAAUAUUCUGGCAGCUUUUUGUAUAAUCAAGAAAGGCUUAUCAUUUUUGAAACACUGCCAAAUCAGUACUACUGCCAAGAGGGAGAAGCAUUAAGUCAGACCUGCAUUACACUAACUUGAGCAAUAACAGACUAUCCAGACCACAGCCAAUUGGUACAGCAGAGAUGGGGGAAUGGUAGACCAAAACUUUUGUUUCUUAGUAAUUUGCAAAAUGUAAGAGUAUGAAUUUUGGCAAUAGAGUCAUGCCUUUACAUGCUGAUAAUUCAAAAUGAUCUUUAAAAUUAAAACUGAUCCCAUUCUGGGAAGGAUGUGUCCACGCAUUUUGUUUAUUUGGUCUGAUUUGUUUCAGAAUAUACUUGUGUUUUUGAAAGGCCUAAAUUCAAGCAGGUACUAUGUGUAGACCAAUCUCUCCCUCUCCAUAUGAGAAGUCAUUUAUCAUAACACAUAAUGGGUAGAACAUAGCUUUCAGUAAUUCAAAUCACCAGUAUAAACAUUUAUAAUGUUGAAAGGUGAUUUCACUGUUAUGUUAUCAAAGCAAUGGAAAUCCUAGCUUUCUGUUCAUUUGUUUAUCUACAGAAUAUUGCUUCUUUGAGGUCUAAUUUUAUCAGCAACAAUGAAGGUAGUGUAAUGCUAAGAAAAUUGACUCUAGUUACUAUUCCAAGUCAAAAUCCUGAAGCUGAGUCCUGCUGUAGUCCAAAAGAAAAGCAUUGAUUCACAUAAUGAGCAGCCAGCCUCAGAGAGGAUGACUACAACAGUCAUGAUAUCAUAAGUGUGAGCAGUCCAGUCUGCCACAGAAAGGAUGACUGCAUUGCACCAUUCAUUCAUGAUAUUGCAGUUGUGGGAAAGAAUAACUAUGCCAUUCAUUACACUGCAGGUGUGUAACAGUCAGCAAACCUCUGAUCUGGUCUUCUAGUUUGAUACUGCAUGCAUCCCUUCAUUGAGUUUACCUGUAAGUAACAACACUUUGUGGCAGCUAAGCAAAUAUUUUAAUAAGCCAUGAAAGGCAAGAUGUCAUAGGAAAUCUGUACUUUCCACUAUUUGGAGAAAUUGUACUUUCCAUAAAUUAAACUGGAAUUGCCAUUUGAAAUUUCCUUCCCUUAAAAAUAUGCCAUUACAAUGUAUGCUCCUGUUCAUUGAUGCCUUUUAAGCUUAUAGCUAUAUGAUGUGACUGCUACAAUUUUGUGAAAUUUUGUUUAGCAAUUAAUGGUUUUUACAACCUGCACAAAGAUUCCAAUGCAGAAGUAAAUGUGUAAAGAAUUUGAGCCUGUAUGUAAGAUGUCUCUUCCUUAUGUGACAUUUACUAUAUUCAAUGUAAAUACCUCACUGAUUUGACACUGGAGUUAUUAGAUGUGUAAAUAAUGAUGUUCUAUUUGGGCCUAAUGAAUUCCUGUAACGUGAAUAUUUAAAAUAAAAGGAUUCAAUUUAAAUGUA